AUGGGAGCAAACCAGUUCGAGAAGGCCAAGGAUAGAAGGAUUUUCUUCAACUGGUUUUUCUUUACUCUAUAUGUUUCUUCUAUGGUAAGCUACAUAGUGGUUGUAUACAUUGAGGAUAAUGUGAGCUGGGGCUUAGGAUUUGCUGUUUGUCUUGCUGCUAAUUUAUUUGGAUUAGCUACUUUUGCCUUGGGAAAACAGUGUUAUCAUCUUGUUAAACCUCGAGGGACUCCAUUCAUGGAUAUUGCUCGUGUUAUUGUUGCUGCUACUAGGAAGAGGAAGGUUGUAAUCUUAUCUGAAAACGAGGAUUAUUACCACCAACAUGAUGAGAUAUUGACUGUGGAGUCCACAAAACCUAAAGACAGCUUCAGGUUUUUGAAUGCUGCAGCAUUGAAAACUGAAGGAGACAUAAAACCAGAAGGCUCAAAUGCUAAACCGUGGAGGCUGUGCUCUGUUCAACAAGUAGAAAAUCUCAAAAUCCUAAUUAGAAUUUUCCCACUAUGGUCGCGCAGCAUCUUCUUGGCCACACCAAUUACGAUCGAGACAAGUCUCGUUGUGCUUCAGAUUCUAACCAUGGACAGGCACAUAUGCCCUCACCCUUCUGGUUGGGCUCCUGUAUCCCAUGCGGCAGAAACUUACCUGUCGAUCUCUGACACCCCUCCAACGAAUAGGAAUAGGACAGUUGUUGAACAUGCUCAGCAUCUAGUUCUGGUUGGCAUUGGCGAAGCAUUCCAUUUCCCUGGACAAGUUGCAUUAUACUAUCAAGAGUUUCCGCUGCUUCUCAAGAGCACAGCAACCACAAUGAUUUCUCUGAUAAUCACAAUUGCUUUUUACCUAGGUGCAGCUUUGAUUGAUCUAGUUAAAAGGAUUUCAAGUUGGUUACCAGAUGACAUAAACAAUGGGAGGCUUGAUAACGUGUACUGGGCUCUAGUUGUGAUGGGAAUAUUCAAUUUCGGGUAUUAUUUAGUUUGCUCGAGUUUGUACAAAUAUCAGAAUGUUGAAAAGGAGAUAGAGGUAGACAAUGCUUACAUUUCUGACUAG